AUGAUGCCCCAGCUCCUCUACCCAGGCCUCACCAGCCUCCUCUUCCUCCUCUUUGCCCUUCAGAUCUCAGCCCACAUGAUGAUCUCCUCACCACCACCCCUCGGCUCAUCAAGCAACCCCAACCUCCGCUCUUCCGAUAUUGAUUACAACCUGAAGGACCCCCUCUCCCCAUCCGGCCUAACCUACCCCUGCGGCCCAAAUUUCGACCUCUACUCCCUCUCCCCACAAGGCAACCCCGUCGCAACUUGGGCGGCUGGUUCCAGCCAAUCCUUCACCCUGGACGGCGGCGCCUCCCACAACGGCGGUUCCUGCCAGGCCUCCCUCUCCAUCGACGGUGGUAAAUCGUUCAAAGUCCUUCGCAGCUACGAAGGCGGCUGUCCACUCAAAAGGAACUACCAGUUCAGCAUCCCAGCUGACGUUCCGGCAACAAAGAAAGCGGUCUUUGCGUGGACCUGGUUCAACCAGAUUGGGAAUAGGGAGAUGUACAUGAACUGCGCCGUUGUCGACAUCACACCCGGGUCAGGCGGAAAAGGCGGAUGGGCCAAGAAGCCAGAGGUGUUCAAGGCAAAUAUUGGGAACGGGUGUACCACGGUCGAGAGAUUCGACGUCGAGUUUCCCAACCCGGGGGAUGAUGUUGCUAGGGGUGGGGAAGGGAAUUUUGCGAGCCCGGUGGGGGAUUGUGGGACGGUGAAUCGGGGGGCGGACUCAGGUGCGGGAGAAGGCAGUGGUAAUACCCAGGGCGGCGGUACCGAUAGUGGAAACGGAGGUGCUAACCAGAACCCAGACUCGCCGCCAGCAGGGGAUUCGCCUGGCUCUAGCACAACUGAUCCGACUAGGCCAUCUCAGCCCAACUCAGGAGGUAAGUCAACAUCUCUCUUCACCAUCUCACCACCCCCCGAUUCUGUUUCCUACCGUCAAAAACGAGUUGAAGCCAAUUCUCCCUUUCUUAUUCUCUUUUCUUUCUAG